AUGAUAUAUAGGUUGUACUUCCAUCCCCUUGCCCGGUUUCCGGGACCAAAGCUGGCUGCUGCUACGAACCUUUACGGCGCGUAUUGGACAUUGGUCAAAGGGGGACAAUAUACUCUAAGACUCCCAGAACUUCAUCAAAAAUAUGGGCCAAUUGUCCGAACCUAUCCUGACGAGCUACAUAUCCACGACGUGGAUGCUUAUAAUGAGGUUUUCAGUGUCGGCACAAAGUUUGACAAGGAGCGCCUAUUCUACGAUCAUCCUCUUGGGGAAGGAUCUCACUUCAACAUGUCGGACCUCAAAUCUUCCAAGUCCCGACGAGACAUGUUUGCGCCAUUUCUCUCCAAAGCAGCCGUUGCAAGAGGCGACCCUUUGAUUCAUGCCACAGUCAUGAAGUUCAUAGAUAUCCUGAGAAAAUACGGCAAAGAUGGCAGAGUAGUUGAUCUCACAAGAGGCUAUCACUCGCUUACUACAGACCUGAUCAUGAACUAUGGAUGGCAGCGAGAAUUUGGGGCGCUCGAUUUCCCAGAUUUUGCUUAUCCAUCUGUGGUUUAUAUGAAUCAUUUUCUUGUCUCUACAGUCCUUAUUCGCACAUUCCAUGGCUUUUUCAGGUCUAUUGUUGGUCUUGCCCUGCAGUUCCCUGCUCUUGCAAAGUGGAACAAAAUGCUGGCCGCAGUGUUUCACCUGCGCACUCAAGCUCAUGGCUUAGUUGUAAAUGCCAUCAAUCGACCUAAAUUGACAGGGCAACAGCAUCCGAGCAUGUUCGAUCUGAUCUUACAGCCAGAUGCAAAAUCAGGACUACCAGCACCAUCUAUUGAUGAUCUUACGGCCGAGGCUUUAGUUUUUCUAGUUGGCGGAGAAGAGUCGACAGCAAAUACUUUAAUUCAUGGUACUUUCCAUGUCUUGAACAACCCCCAAAUUAAAAGCAAACUCCAGCAGGAGCUUUCAAAUGCAAUACUUGUUGACCAGCCAAUGCCAACUGCAGACACACUUGAGAAGCUACCUUACCUGAGAGCCGUUGUGAAAGAGUCGCUUCGCUUCUCUCAUGGGGCCCCUGGACGACUCCCGCGUGUCGUACCUCCGUCCGGCGCGACACUGUGUGGACAAUAUAUACCCCCGGGAACCGUCCUUUCGCUUAGCCAGUAUGUUUAUAACACUGAUGGCUCUAUAUUUCCAGAUCCAAAGUGCUUUAGACCUGAGCGCUGGCUUGGUAAUGACUUUAAGUACCUGGACCGCCACUUGGUAUCCUUUUCCAGGGGUUCGCGGGGCUGUAUCGGGAUUAACCUCGCUUAUUCCGAGUUAUAUCUAGCCUUUGCGUAUAUGUUUCGCUGUCUUGACAUGCAGCUAUAUGAAACGACAUCCGAUGAUAUGAAAUGGGGAGACUACUUCGCACCAAUGACAAGAAAGCAUCUGGAAGUGAAGGUUAUCUCAAGUACGCAUUUAACCUCCGAUAAAGCGUUGGCUUAG